AGAACCACUAGGGGGCAGUGUUGUAAGAACAAACCCAUGGAUUUAGUUUUUUGACAGUCAUGAAAACGCGGAAAUAGACUUUGUGAAAGAGGCGUGAGGUUGUUAGGCGUCAUUUAGAGACAGCGGAGUGUGUCUGCGUGUCUUUUCUAACAUCGAAAGCAGACUUAAAACUGAGACUCAUGGCUGAGAACAUGGAAGAGGACUCCCUCCCUCUCCGGGAGGACCUGACCUGCCCUGUAUGUCAGGGGAUCUUCAGGGACCCCGUCCUGCUGCCUUGUUCCCACAGCUUCUGUCGGGAAUGUGAGCAGAGCAACUGGAAGUUCAGCAAGAACUGCCCUCUCUGCAGGGAGUCUUACGAGCAGAACCGGGUUGUCGGUAACCUGGCCCUCAAAAACACCUCGGAGAGCUUCCUCCGGCAGCUCAACCUGCUGACUGUCCAGAACCAGCCCAACGCCGAGCUCUGCAACCUGCACCUAAAGCCGCUGGAUCUGUACUGCGAGAAGGACGAGGAGCCUGUCUGCGUGGACUGCGUCUCCCAGCACAGCAUGCAUAGGCUGUGGUCGGUGAGAGACGGCACAGCCAUUUGCAAGAAGGAGCUUGGCUUCAAAGUCCAGAUUUUUGAAAAGAAGGUGAGCUCAUACAAAAAGCUCACCAAGAAGAUAAGCAAUACAGUGGAGUACAUUAAGCAUCAGGCAGGAGAAACGGAGCAAAAAAUCAAGGCAGAGUUUGAGAGGCUCCACCAGUGGCUUUACCAGGAAGAAACCAAGCGACUGGAAGCUCUGUCGCACGACGAGAAGGACAAGAUCGACUACAUGCAUAGGGUCAUUGAGAUGACUAACAGUGACAUCGCUACUAUAACGGAGUAUAUUGAGACCUUAAAGAAGGAGAUGGGCAACGAGGAUCUGCUGCUCCUGAAGAAUUUCCAAAAAGUCAAGAGAGAAACCGAGUGGAUUGAACCCGAGCAAGGCUUUCCAUAUGAUGCCCUAAUAAAUGUGGGCAAACACGUUGGUUCUCUGGGCUACAAGAUCUGGAAGGACAUGAAGGCUCAUGUCAAAUAUUACCCAGUGGUGCUCGACCCGGCCACAGCCUCUCCAUGGCUCGAGUUGAGCCCCGACCUCACCAGCAUGAAGGAGAGCCCGGAGCGGCUGGUGGUGCCCGACAACCGAGAGCGUUUUGAUCCCAUCGUCUUCGUCAUGGGGGCGGAGGGAUACAAAACUGGCAAAUACAAAUGGGACGUCACCGUCGGCGACAACCCCAAGUGGGUCCUGGGAGUGUGCAGAGGAGACGUGGCCCGGAAGAAGAAGUUCACCGUGUCGCCGAGUCGCGGCGUGUGGGCUAUAGGGCUGAGUAAAGGGGUGUACACCGCCCACAGUGACGAGCGUGCCGAUCUAAACGUGACGCACGUCCUUGAAAAAAUACGCAUCAAGCUAAAUAUGGAUAAGGGAGAGGUGUCGUUUUGGGACGGGGGGAGGGAAAAGCAUUUGAUCACCUUUACGCACAACUUUGAUACAAGAAUUUUCCCUAUUUUCGGCCCUGGCCUCCAUUCUACUCCCAUGGUUCUGGCUCCUGGAAAAAUAGCUGUUCACACAUCGUAAAUGAUCCUCCCAAAUAUUACAGAAAGGUUGAUGUUAACCAGUUAUGCAUGAUUUGAAUCGCUGAGGGAAAAAAAAUGCUUUUAUUGCAAAGUGAUGUUUGAAACCCUAUACCAAACGAGAUCGGCUUUAGGCCUAAUAUUUUGUGGAGGAGAAUAAGAAAAACCAAAAAUAUGAUGAAUUUUAAUUUACAGUUGCUGCAAGAAGUGCUUUAAAUUGUGUUAGACAUCUUUCAAGUCCAUUUAGCUCUAUAAAACAUAACAGCAUUAGAGUUUUCUUGAUUUCUUGUUUCAGAAUUAUUUUUAGAAAUGAUUUGUGCUCACAGUAAGACUUUGGCUGUUUUGGGAUCAGUGUUAUGAAUGAGAAGCAGUUUUUUUUUUUAUACCUGUGUGCCUUUUGUUAAAGCAACUGAGUCUACUGCAAAAAGAGAAUUGUGUUGGAUUAUUGGAAGUUUCAGAAGAGGAGCAAAUUGCCCUGUUAAUUCUGAUCAUAGCACAGCAAAUUAUUUGCUCUAAAUAUCUGUUAAAAUUGUUUGUUUCUUUACUUUUUUUACUUGUCUUGGUGGGCUAAUAGUUAGAGCAGGGCGCAGACUUUUAGCCCCGGAAUGCCCCCACACACACACUUUUCUUUUCUAAAUGUUGGUGUUAAGUCUGUGGUAGCUGUCCUUCACUUUAUUUCCAAACUGACGACAAUGUAGACUUUACUUAAAGUUGUGUGAACUGAACCAAGGCACUUGUCCAAACGUCAAUAAAAUUGGUUGCAGUCACUACA